AUGAACGCGGAGUUGUCAAGGGUUGGUAAUACAAACUUAUUAACGGGUCAUCUUUCAGAGCUGGACGAUGAGGAGGACCAAGGAGAUGAUGAAGAUUUGACUGAUUUUGAUCUACCGUUGAAGGCAAAAUUAUUGCAGGCCAAUAAUUUUUCAGACUUGACUGCUGAUUGGAAUGAUAUGACAACAACUCCUACUAAUAGUGGGAAGAAAGUUAGAUUUGCAACAAGUGAUGCAUCCACAGAACCCAUAUCUAGGACUAUGUCCAAGGAUGGGAAGAUCCCCGUGGAGGAACUAUUGCAGUGUGCCAAUGACGUUAAUGAUUAUUUGAGUGAAAAUAUUGAAAAGAGUAAUACGAAUUCCAAGACUGAUCCAUUAAAUGGGAAAAGUUUUUAUAAGAUAAUGAGUGAUGUGGCUACACAAAACACAAACCGUACAGAAUCAUUAUCGAAUUUUGAGUUAAGUGACAAUGAUUUGGAAGAACCUUAUCAAUUGGAUUCACGUUUGGAAGAAAAUAAUAAUAAUGAAUCAGAUGAUUUCUUAAACGAUAAAUUAUUGGGAGGUACAUUAUCCCCUUCAGACCAAAAAAAAAUAUAUUCAAGUAGUGAUAAUAAGAGUAGCAUUGCCACUUUGGACCAAUAUAUGAAACAAGAUGGUAAUGAAGAUAAUGAAAGUAAUUCACAAAAAUCAGGAAUUGAACCAAAUAUCUUUAAGAACUUAAACCUGGAUAAUGAUUCAUCGGAACAGAUUGAAAAUGAGGAUGAUCUGCGGAAUACUUCAUUAUUAAAUAAUUCUGAAAAUUUGCAUGGUGAAGAAUUCAAAGAGUUAUCCACAGAGGAUGCCUUGAAUAACUACAAAGAGACCAUUGACCUCAUCCUAAAAUUUUCUCAAAGGGAAAAUAACGACGAUAUGAUGGUUUCUAAAUUACCGCCAGACCCAGACGUUUACAAGAACUAUACAAUGCAUAACGUGCCAUCAUUAUCAUACACCGAUUUUAUAAAUAGAAUUCAAUCCAAAUGUAUGUUUGGUGCCAUCGUAUAUAUGUCUGCGACAUAUCUAUUUCAAAUAUUAUUACUUGAUAGGGACGAGAGGGAUGGUCCUAUCAAACUAAAGCAUAAGUUACAAGAGAAUGAAGUUCAUAGAAUGAUCAUAGCCACCAUAAGAGUGGGAACGAAAUUAGUAGAGGAUUUCGUUCAUUCGCAUCAAUAUUUCUGUAAAGUUUGCGGUGUAUCAAGGAAACUGUUAAGCAAACUAGAAGUUACAUUACUCCUCUGUCUCAAGCAUGACAAAAUAAUUAUUACCACAGAGGAGUUGGUUGCAUCCGUACGAGUUCUGCAAGAGUUGAGAACGUAUCAAUGA